AUGAGUAAAAAAGAGGAGAAACAAAAAGAAAAUAUUUUAGCAGAAAAAUUAGAAAAAAAAGAGAUUAAAGAAAAAAAACCAGAAAAUAAGCCGGAAGAAAAGAGGAAAUAUGAAGAAGAAAUAGAAGAUUUAAAAAGAAAUAAAUUACUACUUUUGGCCCAGAUAGAAAAUCAACGUAAAGAAUUUGAACGGCAGGUAGGAUAUGCAUACAAAUAUGGUGGUAGAUUAGUUAUUGUCCGAAUGCUUGAUUUUUUAGUUGCCUUAGAAGGAAGGGCUUUAAAAGCGAUGCAAGAUGAUCUUAAAAAUGCUUCUAAAAGUAAACCGAAAGACCCUGAAUUGAUUGAUAAAUUUAAGAGCCAUUUAACAGGAAUGGAAAUAAUUAAAGAUAAUUUCAAAAAAAGUUUGGAAGAACAAGGAGUAAAAGAAAUAGAAGUUGAAAUAGGAAAAACUCAAGCAAAUGUUAGAUAUCAUGAAUUGAUAGAAGAAAUAGAGGUUGAUAAUUUCUCAGAAGGAGCUGUUGUUGAAGUGGUGGAAAAGGGAUACUUUUUUCAUGAGGAAGUUCUUCGGCGAACUAAGGUAAAAAUUGCCAAGAGACCAAAAGUAAAAUAA